GCGCGGAGGGCUUCCUUAAAUCUGAAGGGCCCUCCCAGUUUGGAGGGCUGCAAUGGUUCGAUUUCGAUCAGCGCAGAAGGGAAGGAAUGCGUGAGCAGUUCGGCUGUUUGCUUUGGUGUUACGCAGUAACCCAACCUCUUGUCAUUUAAGCCCUUUAGAACUUUUGCCUUUUGCUGCGCCUCUCGCGGAGUGACGUGUUGUUUUCUAGCAGGUUCCGUGCAGAAGCGCUGUGGAUUAAAGCAGCCGCCCUUACCUGACGUAGGCAGCCGGGCAGAAAUGCUGCGCGGUGCCUGGAGAAAGCAGACAGAAACCUCAGAGCCCCGGGCAAGGCUGCAGGGGAGGGCUGGGAGCGCUGGGACAGCAGUCGGCCCCAGGGCUCCGCUGGCACUGGGAACCUGAUCAUAAACGCAAUGGGCUGCACUGGGACGGGCUGGGAGUUGGAAAUUUGGGAGGGGGUGUUGUUUGUGGAGGGGAGAGAGCAAAACGCUCAAAGAGCAGCAGUGGGGUGGUAGAGUUGGUGCUGGAGGGCCCCGCUGGAAGCAGCUGCUGGGGGUGCUGGGAGGAGGGGGUGCUGGGAUGGCCGGGAUGCGGCUUUGCUGGCGUUAAAGCAGCCUGCUGCGUGGGGAGCCUGACAGCCAUGGGUGACGGGGGGCUGAUGGCAGUAAGCAGUGCUGUGCCAAGGAGAGCAGCCCAGCUGUGUGCCUGCUGCUGUGCUGCCGAGCCCCAUCCCGGUCCAUGAGCCGCUGUGGGUGGGGUGCAGCGGGGGCUGUGCUGUCCCCAGGCCAUCUGCCUGCACUGGGCUCCCCAUGUCAUCCCAGAACAACGGGGAUCCUGCAGCUCAGACCCCUGGCUGCUGUGCUGGUGUCUUGGGGCUCCUCUCUGCACCCGCUGGUAGGCGGCUUGCUGGCAUUUUGGGGCGCCCCUCCUUGCGGAGGCACCCAAGGGCGUCGCUGAGCGUAUCAAAGAUCAAACGAUCUAAUCUUGGCUUUUAUUUGCAUCUUAUCUAGACUAGCUUUGUUUUGUUUUGUUUUGUUUUCUUUUUUUGCAUUGUGCAAUCCGUGUGUCGCUCCAGGGUAAAUAUUUGAGCUGCUGCGGGAGCUGGGCGGCAGAGGGCUUGGUGCUGGGGCGCGGGUCGGGGUGCCCAUGCUGCAGGGUGGGUGCUGCUGGGGCACUGGCAAUGCUGUGCGUCAGAGGAGGAGCUCGGUGGCUGCUGGGCUGUGCAGGCACUGCUGAGGGGAUGAGGAUGGGAGGCAGCAGCGAGGAAGCAUGAAUAUUUCAGCAGUGCUGAGCGAGCAGCGUGCCCAGCGCUCUCCUUGCUCACGACGGAGCUCCUUCCCAGCGCUAUCUCUGCAGCGUGGAGCUGGUCUGAGCUGGGAGGCUCUGGAGGAGGUGUGCCAAGCACGGCGCUGUGCCUGCCGGUCCUGCACCCCACGAGCAGCGCUGGGAAAAGAUCUGCUCCAGCGAGCUUGGAUCUUCAUCCCAAAGAGAGACAGCGGAGCCUUCGGCGUUCUUUAUUUGGAACAAGGGAGAGUCCGCUGGGGCGAAGCCCUGUGGGUCUCUCCGGGUACUGGGGGCACAGCCCCCCUGUUCUCCCCAUAGCGCUGCUGAGCCCUCCCCCCGCUGGCUGAGUACUCGGGGUUCCCAUUCUCGGUUCCCCUCUCAGCUCAGCACCCCUUCCUUUCCUUUACUAGUGCUCGCUUUGUCACCUGGGUUCACAGCUGGCUGUUUGCCCAGCUAGAGCUCUCCCAGCGUCCUGUGAUGUCUGUCCUUCAGUCCUGCCCAGCAAACACGAGUCACACGUGGGUGCUAAGCCAGCAUCUCCGGGUCCUCAGCUUUUUCAUUACCUUGUUUUGCAGGUUCCCCCCCCCCCAUCCUUCCUUUCUUCUUCCCCAGUUUUAUUUUGCAAGGACGCCUUCUCCACCUUCUCCUGGCUUUUCCUUCGGCAGUGUCCAGCUGCGCAGCGGAAGGUCGCGUGGAGCCCUUGUUUGUAUGAGCAGAAAUAUCAGAGUUCUGCCGCAUCGACAAGCCGCUGUGCCACGAUGAGGACGAGCAGCUCAGCUUCGAGGCCGUCCGCAACAUCCACAAGCAGAUGGACGACGACGCCAACGGCAACGUGGACGUGGAGGAGAGUGACGAGUUCUUGAGAGAGGACCUGAACUACCACGACCCCACCGUCAAGCACAGCACCUUCCACGGCGAAGACAAGCUCAUCAGCGUGGAAGAUCUUUGGAAGGCCUGGAAGACCUCUGAAGUGUACAACUGGACGGUUGACGAGGUGGUGCAGUGGCUCAUUACCUACGUGGAGCUGCCGCAGUACGAGGAGACCUUCAGAAAGCUGCAGCUGAGCGGACACGCCAUGCCCAGGCUGGCAGUGAACAACGCGACCAUGAUGGGGACGGUUCUGAAGAUGACGGACCGAAGCCACAGGCAGAAGCUGCAGCUGAAGGCUCUCGACACCGUGCUCUUCGGGCCUCCCCUCCUGACGCGGCACAACCACCUGAAGGACUUCAUGCUGGUGGUGUCCAUCGUCAUCGGGGUGGGCGGCUGCUGGUUCGCCUACAUCCAGAACCGCUACUCCAAGGAGCACAUGAAGAAGAUGAUGAAGGACCUGGAGGGUCUUCACAGGGCCGAGCAGUCCCUGCACGACCUGCAGGAGCGGCUGCAGAAGGCUCAGGAGGAGCAUCGCUCCGUGGAGGUGGAGAAGGUGCACCUGGAGAAGAAGCUGCAGGAUGAGAUCAGCAUCGCCAAGCAGGAGGCGCACCGGCUGCGCGAGCUGCGGGAGGGCACCGAGAACGAGCUGAGCAGGCAGAAGUACGCUGAGCAGGAGCUGGAGCAGGUCCGCAUGGCUCUCAAGAACGCCGAGAAGGAGCUGGAGUCGCACUGCAGCUGGGCUGCACCCGAGGCCCUGCAGAAGUGGCUGCAGCUGACCCACGAGGUGGAGGUGCAGUACUACAACAUCAAGAAGCAGAACGCGGAGAAGCAACUCCUGGUGGCCAAGGAAGGGGCUGAAAAAAUCAAGAAGAAGCGCAACACCCUGUUUGGAACAUUUCACGUUGCUCACAGCUCGUCUCUAGAUGACGUCGAUCACAAAAUCUUAACUGCAAAGCAAGCGCUGAGCGAGGUGACGGCGGCGCUGCGCGAGCGCCUGCAUCGCUGGCAGCAGAUCGAGCUGCUCUGCGGCUUCCAGAUCGUCAACAACCCGGGCAUCCACACGCUGGCGUCCGCCCUCAACAUCGACCCCGGCUGGAUGGGCACCCCCCGGCCCAACCCCUCGCACUUCAUCAUGACCGACGACGUGGACGACUUGGACGAAGAGAUCGUGUCUCCCAUGUCCAUGCAAUACGCAGCCUGGCUCUUUGGGCGCAGGUUCAGCGAUCGCUCGUCUCUGUCCUCGGAGGAUCAGUCCCUCUGGAAAUACCCUGCUCCCGCUUUGCCCAGCACCGUUCGCCAACGCCUGGUGGACCCCCAGCACGGCCACGGAUCUCAGAGAGACCUGACGCGCUGCGACUCCGAGUCCUCCAUCCCGCACCUGAUCGAGCCCCAGCGCCUGCCCAGCGCCGCGCCCAAGCUGCUGGCCGCCCGGCCUGCGCUGCUGACCCGCUCCAUCGAGGACGCGGGCCCCGGGCACACCCCCAACGGCGGCAGCCGGCACGCGGAGCCCCCCGGCCCGGAGCGGCCAUCCGAGAGCCCCUCGGCGAUGAAGAAGAUGAUGAUGGUGAACCACGGCAUGGAGAAGUCCUCCAGCCUGGGGGAGAUCAGCCACCCGGCGGCCGCCAAGCACAGCCACUCGGAUUCCUCGCGGUCGCACAGCCCCAGCUCCACCGACCCCGACACCCCGUCCCCCAUCUCUGACUGCCGGCCCAACAGCGCCAAGAGCACCCGCAUCCCGCAGCUGGCUGCCAAGAAGAGCGCAGGGGACGAGGACGGCAGCCUGACGGGCGACGAGGUCGACCUGGGCCAGAGCAAGAAAAAGUUCCCCCUAAAGAUCUUCAAGAAGCCCAGGAAAUAGAGGAGGAGGGCGGAGGAACCCCACGGAGCGACCCCCAGGCACCGGGGGAGCGCGCCCGGCCCCGGGCGCUGGGAGCCGCGUCCCCGCGGCGGGAGGAGCUAUUUAAACUUAUUUAUUUCCCGGUCUGAGAAGCGAGAAGACACCCGCUCCCUGAAGGCAACAGCCGCCCUGACACCCCCUCCCCGCUGCUGUAGUCCCCGGCUUUGCUGUGCAUGGCUUCCAGUUAUCCCGCCUCUGCUCGGCCACACGGCAUUUGGGUUUGGUUUCGAUGCGGUUUUAUUUUCGUUUUCUUUUUCUUUUUUACGUUUCUUGUUCGGUUCUUCUGCCUCUGCCGCCCUGCACGCAGCUGUCCGGCCUGGCAGCCGCCCUGCAGCCCUGGCUCUGGGGUUGGGGGGUGAUGCCCUCCCAGCUCCUGAUGGGCAGGAGCGCGCUGAGCCCCCGUCCCCUGGCGCUGUGCACAGCGGCGCUGCCCGGCAGCGUUAAUUCCCGCUCGCACCCGAGCAGUGCCGCCCUGCGCGGUCACUGGGGAUGGGGCACAGCAGCCCCCGCUGCCCCCGGCUCCGUGUGCGGCCCAGGGAGCGGGGCAGGGCUGCGCCUCGGGGCUGGGGGUGGCACAGACGGAUGGCCGCGCUGUGGGGCGGGCUGCGUGCCCUACAAGUGUGGGCACGGGGUGAGCGGAGGUGGCUCGCCCGGGGCCCGGUGGGCAGCGGUGCCUGGGGCUGCUGGAGCCGCGGUCCGGCUCCGCUCAGUGCUGGGCUCUGCCCUGGCACCCGCUGCCCCCUCUGUGCCCUGUCCGCCCCCCAAUCCCAACCCAGCUCCACCCUGGGGGGCAGCUGCUGCCCCGAGGCCGACCCAGACCCGCAGAGGGCAGAGGUGAGGGGAGGGCCGGGACGCGCGCAGCCUCCGGGGCCGUGCUUUGUGCCAGAGGAACGUGUACACGUACAUUGACAACGCGGGAAGGGCUGUAAAGGUGUUUUUCGUUUCGUAGGUGGUAGUUAGACAGUGACACUGUUGCUUUGAGAUAAGUGAAAAUUUCUUCUCAAUGACUUAAGUGCCUGCAGUGCCCGCUGCUGCGCUCCGGGCGCGGGGACGGCCCCGGGCGCUGCUCCCGGAGGAGGGGUCGGAGAUCCACGGAGCGGAACUGGUGGUGACGCCUCUGCCAACUCUCGAUUUAUUUUAUUUUAUUUUAUUUUAUUUUUGGUCAUUUCAUAAAACUUUUCAAUCCAAUAAAGCAUGUAGUCUAUUUUA